AUGCAGGGCUGCAUAGUUUGGGGAAGUCUUUUUGCCACUCCAGUAUAUUCACUGCCUCAAUACCCUGCACACUGGGCCCUGCCGUCUCAGACGUCGGACGGUAUGGCGAUCGGAGACACACGCACGACUCGUCAUGGACACUGUCUCAGAAUGUGUACUUUCAACGCGAGAACAGUGUCCACAGACGCUGACCUGCAUGCCCUUCUCGGAGCUGCAGAGCGUAUCAAAUUUCACGUGAUUGCUCUGCAGGAGACCAAGUGCACAAGGAGCGACGUACGACAGAUGAAUGGCGGUACACUCGUCAUUCGUGAAGAGAAGGUUCCGUCGCGAAAUGUAGGCGGUGUUGGUUUCGUUGUGCACCCAUCUGUCGUCCAUCUCGUCGAUUCUCACGAGACCCUGUCACCUCGUCUGGCCAUUCUUCGCCUCCGCCCUCUGCGCCAAAAAUCCAUCAGUAUCAUCAACUGCUAUUCACCAACAUCAGCAGCUGAUGAUUCCGAAUUGGACGCGUUUUACGAGGAGCUGGAGAAAGUGAUCCGCAACGAGAAGUCCUUCUACAAAUUCGUUAUCAGAGACUUCAAUGGAAAACCAGGAAAGGCUACAGAAGAGGGAUAUAGGAUCAGGGACACGGAUGAAAUUGGCAGUAGCCUCGCCGGGCUGUUGUCCGCCGCUCGCCUCUUUCAAAGGAAUUCUCUUUUCAUGAGGAAAAAUCAUCCUCGAGAAGUUAGUCUAAACAAGUGCCGCAGGGAUCUUCGCGAAUAUAAUAUUCCGCUAGCAGCCUUGCUGAGCGAAGACCGUACUUCCACGUCUUCUCGUCGUGAGAUGGAAAUGGUUGCGAAGAGGUUUUACUUGGACCUUUUCCGUUCAUCAACUCCUGUGUCAAGCUCGAUCAUCCCCACUGGUGAAGCUCCAGCACGGAUUUUCCCGUCAGAAGUACGAGUCGCUAUCAACAACAUGGAACCUGGCACAGCCCCGGACCUGAUUUGA